AUGCAGGUGCCAAUGCAUCCACGCCUAGAGCAACCGGUUCACAAUCGCUUGAUCUCGACGACACGUGGCUUAUAUUUCGUUUCCAAUGUCUUGCAAUUUCAAAUCUAUCGUGGCAUGUGUCGUGCUGCUGGUCAAUAUGAUCCCAAUGAUCCCCGCAAACCGUUGCACAAAUGUGAUGUCUAUCGUCAUCCGGAGGCUGGCAAUUUAUUAAAAAAAAUCAUGUCCAAAGGCUCCUCACAACCGUGGCAGGAAAUUAUGGAAGAAGCAUUGGGCGAAGGCCGUCUUGACGGUUCUGCGCUGCGUGAAUAUUUUGCUCCCCUCGAGGAAUGGUUACGUUUGGAGAAUUUGCGUACCAAUGAAUAUGUUGGCUGGAAUUAUGACGGUGAUUAUUGUAAGCGAAGUAUCGAAACGGCUAAUCUACAAGUGUUCGGUGGCUACUAUAAUCAUGGCCAAUCAUCACGACUGGUGUCGAAGCUGGUCUUUAUAUGUGUAAUUUUUACAUCUAUACUAGCAUUAGUUUUUUAA